AUGGCCGUUGAAGGGGAUGGAGGUUCGACUGCAGCCGGCUCGGCAGCAGGAGUCAGCCAUCUUCCUUGGCAACAAAUCCCGAAAUUUGUGCCGGGCACUACGAACCUUGAUGAUUACACGCAGCGCUUGAAGUUUCUCAAAGAGUUGUGGCCAGCCGAUAGCAUCCAGCACCUGGGGCCGAGAGCGGCUCUCCAAGUGGAGGGUUCGGCUUUUCAGAAAAUCAGCCGGAUUGCUCCGGAUAAGCUUCGGAGUCAAGAGGGCGUCCAGCUUAUCGUGGAGGCUCUCGGCGGAGCUUGGGGGAAAACUGCUGUUGAGGAAAAGUUCCAUUUCUUCGAGCAAGCCAUUUUUCAGGUGACACAGAAGAAUGACGAAACCAAUGAUUCCUACUUAGCUCGCAGUGACGCCUACUUUGAAGAACUUCUUACGCGCAAGGUGACCAUCGAGGAGAUCAGAGCCUACGUGUUACUUCGCCACAGCCAACUUGCCCCGGAGGACAAGAAGCGAGUUGUCAUUGAGUCCAAGGGUGACCUCAAGUACAAGGAGACAGUCAAGGCGAUCAGAUUGUUGGGUUCCAAAAUUUUUGGGGACCUUCAGAACAAGAAUGCCACAGGAAACCGAGGCUUGGAACGGAACAAGAUCUACGACGUGCACUACACGGAGGAAAACGGAGCCGAGGAUGUGUACUACAGCGCCGUGCCCGAGGAGGAGCCGAGUGACGAGGACCUCCUCUGCUACUUCAUGGACCUCAACGACGAGGACGCCGUCUACAUCACCGAGUUCGAGGAGAGCAUCGUGGACGCCAUCCAAGAUAGCGAAUUGGCGCCAGUGUAUGUAACAUACCAGGAGGCUCGGCAGCGGCUCCGCGAUAAAGCCAAAGCUCGUGGAUAUUGGCCUGCCAAAGGCCGUGGAAAGACGAAGGGAUUCGGGAAGAAAGGAAAAGGAUCUUCGUCGUCUUCGUUUCCGGGGUGGGGCACUGGCCGCAAUCGGUCUCUCGCGGACCGUAUCGCCAAUUCCACGUGCCGCAUUUGCCAUCAGAAAGGACAUUGGAAGCGGGAAUGUCCCCGCCGAUUGGCCCAGGAUGGCAAUGAAGCCAAGGUGGAGGUAACCCACUUUACCCAAGAGACCUCGGACACCUUUGCCCAGAACCUCCCAGAGAUUCUCCAUGCCAUGCCACCGGAGUCCGAGCCCUACAUUGGAGAAGAGGAUGCUUUGAAGCUUCAGGGCAAGAUGGCGACCCCAGAUGUGGACGAGCCGUUGGUGGCUCCCGAGAGCGGGGCCAUUGCGUUGGAUCGUCCCAGUCUGGAAAGCUAUCUCGAUGUGGAGUUUGUGCGCCCAAAGGGUGUGGAGACACUCCGCGCGUGGGGCGACAUGACCUUGACUGCGGGGAAGCACAAGACCAAGACCUUCGCAGCGGCGUUCGGCGAGGACUUGGUGUAUGCGGUGACCAUGGCGCGCAAGCAAUCCCUCACCAGCAGCUGGGCCAUCUCAUUCAAGAAUUAUUGCCUUGCCCGUCUGAAGGCAGCAGCUCGGGCGGAGCAGAUGGAGGACCAGAAGCGCCAAGGGAAGGGCACCCGGAAAGCGGCGUUCCCAAAUCGGAGCCAGAACACCGCGACCUUAGAGGACGAGGAGGCGGCGUUCGCAAAUCGGAGCCGGAACACCGCGACCUUCAAGGACGAGGAGGAGUUCGGGGAAUGGAAGCUGUGCCUCAACGAAGGCAGAGCGACCGGAAGCUCAGCGUCGACGGCCGAGAAUCACAAAGGCAAGAGGGCGAAUGCCCAGGAUCCCAACCCCGCGAUGAGCACCGACCUCACCGCGGAGCAGCGCCUCGACAUCAUGACCAGGAAGGCGCUACUGCAAAGGGAGCUUGCGCAACUGGAGCAGUUGGAUCCGUCUUGGGACGAGAAGAUAGAAGACAAGCUCGGGAAACUUGAUAGUGAGACUGAAGACUUCCGGAAAAAGAUGCACUACAAGCUUCCUCGGCUUGAUGUCCUGGAAAUCACUCUGGCGGACAGUGGAAUCAGCAAUGCCAUUCGGAAUCGCCAGGGCCGUGCAGUAUCCAUUAAAACAUGGGAUGCCAGUCGCAUUUGGUUCAUGAUACAUAUGUACGAGCCCAAGCACCUCUGGAUGAAUGGCGGGAGACAGGAUCCUUCAAAGGUAUUUUGGCCAAAAGAGCUAUUGUACGACCUGUAUGAGCAUCAAAUUGAACACGGGCGCCAUUUUCAUCUGUGCACUGGUCAAAAUAUCUUUGCAGAGUCCUCUCCGGAACUGCAGGACGUGAUGCACGGCACCAUGUGCGCAGUUCACUGUCCUUCGGAGGCGAUGGGAUUGGGAAAGAUGCGCGGCAACAAUUUUCUGAACAAGAAAAGCUUUAUCUAUACGACUUCCAGAGUGGUACAUGAGGCAAUCGACACACGUAAGGAGCCGACUCACCUUUCCAACCCCAGCCAAGCAACAAGCAACACGUCUGCACCACGAAGCCCGACAUGGCAGCUCCGACUGGCUGAGCAAGCAGCAGCAGCAAUGAUCUCUGACCGUAGUGUUCCUUUGUACCUGUCUGAGUUACUAGUAGCAGACCUUAAGCGUGAAGGGGACCUCAACUUGAGUAAUCGUGCCGCGCUUGAAAAUGUUCAGCAAGUUGUGAAGCGCCGACGGCUUCUUCGGAAGCAACCGGCACCGGAAAUGUGCAAGGCUCGGGAUCAGUUCAAGGAUGCCUCGUGGAUAGCUAUCUUUAAGAAGUUUGAUGUUCCUCACCGUGGCAGGGUGUACUUCAGGGAUGGGGAUGAGGUUGUAAAACAGGUUCAAACACUGAUCCCGCAAUUUCAAAUCAAGCACGUGGUGAUGGCUCGUGGCACCAACCGUGUUCAGCUGCCAAAACCUGGUCUCGAGAUACAGGAUAUUCCCCUUCGCCAAACCAUAGUGGUUUCUAGGGACAAUGGUAAGGUGAUGGCAGAUGGUGGUUGCGAGCAGUGGACAAAGCCUGCAGCGAUUCACCUUGAUGCCGAUUUUGGGGAUGUACUGGGCAUGGAUGUAGCAUAUUGGAGUGGGCAGAGUGGACAUAAGUACAUGUUCACACACAUCCUCGAUGAGGCAACGUUGUUUCAUCAAGCUACGGCCACCGGUAGGACCAUGGAAGACCAGUACGAAGUUCUCACCGACAGCUGGAACAAAUGGGCUGGACCAUGUCAACUCCUCUACGUAGUUGGUAGAGUGGAGGCUCACGGGAAAAUUCUGAAGGCGAUGUUGUCCCGUAUGGAUGCCGGCGAUUUGCCCACUAGAGAAGAUGUAGAGAUGGAGGGUGUUGCGCCCGCUUCGGAGCCACCGCCGGUAGCCGGGGCCUCGCCGCCUGCUGUAGGUGAAGUAGAAGGAGGGGUAGGUGAAAUAGACACCGGUGGAGGUUUUGAGAUUCCUGUAGACAGUGGUGAGACCCCGCCUUCGGCGGUAGGGGCUGAGCAGCCUGAAACCGAAGUCUCACCUGCCGUCUCGAUGGAGCAAGAACAUGAAGAGCCGAUGGAGGUAGAUCCUGUAGAGGUUCCUGUACCAGAGGACGAAGAUGACCUUCUCUUCGGGGACUCUGAAUGUUUCUUGAUCCAUCCAAGUUCGGAGCAAGUGUGGGAGAUUGGGCUUCACGAAACAGACGUAGACUACAAGGAUCUCCCGUCACCCGAGCAGGCCCUAAACUUUGUGAUGUUAGCCAGCACCGAAAGGAAAAAGCGCACAGAGGUUAGGCUUAGGGAUCUCAAUCAACAUGAGCGCCAACUGUUCAAAGAAGCCCAAAACAAAGAAAUCAAAGCCUGGCUCGAUCAUCGGACGGUGCGUCGGGUUGCAGCUGGAACGCUUGAGGACUCUCAGCUGAUGAGAUGUAGGUGGAUCCUCACCUGGAAGGCUCCUGAGAAGGAGGGUGGACCGCAUAGGGCCAAGGCUAGGUUGGUGGUUUUAGGUUUCGAGGACCCCGGGUUGUCUGAUAUACCCAAUGACGCACCAACGUUAGGGAAAGAUGGUCGCCAGUUGAUCUUGCAACAAGUGGCUUCUCGACAGUGGAAGCUCAUCAAUUUCGAUAUCUCCACAGCUUUCUUGCAGGGCAAAGGGGACGGCAGGAAGUUGGGCAUCAAACCUCCCGAAGAACUCCGAGAGGCUUUAGGUAUGGGUCCCACUGACCAGUGCCGCCUUGAAGGCGGAGCGUACGGAAGGAUUGAUGCUCCUUUCUUGUGGUUCCAGACUCUCAAGCAAACGUUGGAAGAGCUGGGAUUCAUCCAGAGCCCUUUUGAUCCUUGCACGUUCAGUCUUGUCACUAAAGGACCUGGUGGGGAGCCUAGGGUACACGGUGUUCUAGGGAUCCACGUUGAUGAUGGUAUAGGCGGGGGUGAUGCAUAUUUCAGCAGGGUCAUUGAGCAGUUGCGGGGCAUUUAUAGCUUUGGGUCCUACGACGAAGGAGAGUUCGUGUUCACCGGGAUUCGUUUUCGACAGUGGGACGACGGAAGUAUUGAGAUGGAUCAAACAGCUUAUCUCGAAAAGAUUAUGCCUAUUCAUGCCAAUAAGGUGCUUCACGAGGCAAAGUCACACGCUGUGUCCCUGAUGGUGGUACCGAUUCCUGAGAAACACCUUACCUUCUGCACAUUUUCCGAUGCUUCUUUUGCUUCGUCCAAGGAUAACCAUUCGUAUCAGGGCACUUUGGUCAUCGCCACGGAUUGGCGUAUGCUUCAGAAUCAGAGGGCCGUGAUUGUUCCAGUAGCGUGGGCAAGCAAGAAGAUCUCCCGAGUUGUGCGCAGCACUUUGAGUGCUGAAGUGGUCGCGCUGUGCGGCUCGCUUGACAGAAUGUCAUGGUUGAGGCUGUUUUGGGAAUGGAUUAAGAACCCGGGAAUUGAUAUUUCCCACCCUGAAGAAGUUUUGAAAGAAGCUCCCAAAGCCUCGCUUGUGACGGACUGCAAGAGUGCUUACGACGUGCAUCAGUCGAAGAUUCUGGCCGACAUCCGGCUCAACAGCGACAGAGGAGGGAGGGCAGAGGUUCGCUUGAGCUGUCAAAAGGAACAGGGUUCCGCGGAAGGGGCUACAGUCUAG